AUGAGUGAUGGAGCAACCGCCGCUGCGCCAGCUAAGAAGAAGCUCCCGUUUAAACCGACAGCCUUGCGCAAGGCGGCCCCGGUAUCGAAGCCUGAUGUUUCUGUAAAGGAUGGCAAGCGGAGGGAGGGCAGCGACGAUGACGAUGACGAUGGCCUGGACUUGUUCCGCCAGUCCAGAGAAAUGGAGUCCAUCGUGGCCGCUGAGAGACAGCGAAAGCUGAGAAGGAAGCAGAAGCAAGCGGAAGAGCGUCGCCUUUCAGAUACAGCUGGAAAACAGCUCUUGGAUUCAGACGAGGAUGGUCUUUCGUCUUUGCCGGUUACCGCCGAGGCGACGCAGGCGACCCCGGUGGACGAAUCUCUAGCAAUGGACGAAGACAGCGUCAGGAAAUUGGCUACUCCUCCUUCUUCGAAACGCUCGAGAGGUGAUUCGGAACAAGGUUCAAGGUCGUCCAAGCGGCAGCGAUCCGCAGUAGAGCCUUUGGAUGACGACCCCUUCAACGACUCUCCAUCGCAGUCAACGCUACCAGAUUCUAUUACCGCCACCCCUAGCAAACGAUCCAAGAAACAGUCUGUCACGCCGACCGAGGCACCGAUAAUAUUACUUGACUCUGACUCUGAUUCUGAUCCUAAUUUCGAUGGCGGGAACGACGACACGAAUGCGCUCGAGUCUCUUGGACAACGAGAAGAUAGCAUCGAAAUUGUUAGCUCAGGAGUCGUUGACGCUGGGUCACCAUCCGUUACCCCCAAGCCUCAAGCAGUGACGGAGAUUGAAGAUGAUGACGACGACGAAUUCGCCGACUAUGUUCGCAAGGCUGAGGAGCAGCGCGCUCGCAACAAGGACAUGAUGCAGAUGGAUUCCGACAAGGCCGCCAAGAAGGACGCGGCAGCUGAAAUUUUGGUCAGAUCCAACAUUCCUGGCACCAAAGUCGCCAUUAUGAAGUAUCAGUUUGACAGGCCUAUUCGCCUGAUACGCGAUAGCUGGUUUGCACUUCAGGAAAGGAAUAAGCAAGUGGAGAUGCCAAUCGCUUCAGCCGAAGAUGUCAUCUUGACAUGGCAGCGAAAGAAGGUGUACACGUAUUCUUCACUGCUUGGACUGGGGAUCCGACCGCAAGGCGACGGCAAAAUCAUUGCCGAUGAAUAUGCCAAGGGAGGGCUUCAAGAUGGACGAACAAAGGUGGUCUUUGAGGCGUGGACGACGGAAGGCUUCCAGCAGAUGGAACUCGAAGAAGAGCUACGCAUGAAGAGAGAGGCUGGUGAGCUGUCAGACGAGGAAUCGACGCAAGAAGAGCAAGCCAAGGAGACUAAGCUGCGCAUUGUGCUCAGAGCCAAGGAUAUGGAGGCAGUCAAGUUGACUGUGCGGCUGGAAACUACAGUCGAGACGCUCAUUGUUGGAUUCCGGACUCAGAGGAAUAUUCCGUCGAGCAAGGACGUGGGCAUAUGGUUUGACGGCGACCGGCUUGAGGAGCAUCAGACGAUGGAGGAUGUGGAUAUUAACGACAUGGACACAUUGGAGGUUCACAUCAAAUAG